AUGAAAAUAUCAAUUCCACGAUAUGAUCUCGCAGCAUUAUGGGAUAAACAUUGCGAACAUGAAUUUAAUAGACGUGAUGUUGCUGCUACAAUGUUAACGAUGGUAUCAGAUCCUUAUGUUAAUCAUAUUCCAACAAUGAUAGGUGGUGUUGGUGCGAAAGAUUUAUCACGUUUUUAUGAGCAUCAUUUUCUUAAUAAUAAUCCAGAUGAUACAAAAAUAAUUCCAAUCUCACGUGUAGUUGGAACUGAUCGUGUUGUAGAUGAAAUGUUAUUCUGUUUUACUCAUGAUCGUGAAAUUGAUUGGAUGUUACCUAAUAUUUCACCUACUGGUAAAUAUGUUAAAAUACCAUUGGUUGCUAUUGUUACUUUUCGUGAUGGAAAAAUUUGUAAUGAACAUAUCUAUUGGGAUCAAGCUUCAGUAUUGGUACAAAUAGGUCUUUUGGAUAAUACAAAUUUACCAGUAGCUGGUGUUGAAACAGCUAACAAAUUGAUCGAUAAGAAUCUUCCUUCAAAUACUCUCAUGAAACGUUGGAUAGAAAGUGACAACAAAAAAUAA